GGAUGUUGAUUAAAUAAUUGAAAGGGCGCUGUGCGGCUGAUUUUAAUGGCAGAACAAACUGCGGAGGUGUGUUGAUGACAAACCUGACAACAAACUCGACAACAGACCCUCUCGGCCGAGCGACAUCUGUUCCUGCCGACCUAGGGUUCAAACAUGGCGCUGUCAUUCCUCUUGGUCCUGGCAGCAACAGUGAUACUCAUCAGACCGGAGACACGUGUAACCAAGGCGCUACAUCAUAACUCGCUGGAGUGCUGCGGUGACAAACAGCGGACCAACAGUUCGUGUUUGAAUGACACUCGCUGCGAGCCAGGAUGCUUCUUCCGUGUGCUGGAAAGCAGCAGCAUCAUUUGCAUACAGUGUGACUCUGCGACUGUAGACGCUGACAACGUAACAACUUGCACUUACAACUACACGAUGGACAGGAAAAACCACACGACAGUCACAACUGUCAUGCCUAAAAUUGGAGGCCCAGGCGUGGCCGCCUCGCUUCUUCUUGGAACACUAUUGAUUAGUCUGUUCCUGAUCCUGUCCGUCGCCUCUUUCUUCUACCUCAAACGCUCACAUCGACUCCCAAGCAUUUUCUACCGCCGCAACAAAGCCUUCAUCUUUCAGCCAAGCGAGACUGCUGUCAUGAUUCCCUCCUCGACAGCUAGGAAACAAAGAUACAUGCGGCGGGAGAGGCCCUCCGUGGCGCAGAAAAGCAACAUCACGCACGCUGCACCCACCACACGGGUCUAUAACGUGUAGGAUCUUGGAGCCCAAAUGACUUGUGAAAGGAGUUGGUGACAAAAUGUAUGUGACGUCAUUGGUCAGCUCGUAUUUAAGCUCGUCACACUUGAACUCAACCUAUUUAUCAGUCUGUGCUCAGUCGACGCAUUGACGCUGCACUCACAGUUGAGGUCUUAUUGAAGUAGCUUUUUGAGAGCCUAUAUAUUUUUUUAUGUCUUAAACAUUGCAGUAGCUCAGAACCAAGACGCCUUCCAUUGGAAUCAUUAUCAUGCUGCUCGCGUUUUAGUCAACACUCGUGCCAGCGACGCCACUCUCAUGGUUUCAUAAACGGUGAGCUGUUACAGCUAUGCGUUUAGUGGUUUGAGGCUAACGUGCAUCGACCACUUAGGCCAGUGACCUAGUUGGGUGAUGGUGACAAAGCAUCAUCACUGUUUGUGUUCUUUUUAGUGUGUGUGUGUGAAUCUAGCUUGCAUUGGUCUCCUUUUUUAUGUUUGUGAUUGUAUGAGUGAUGUUUUUCUAUUUAUUAGUUGUCUCCCAUCAGCCAAAGUGAAUGUAUUUGCCAAGUUUGUGCCACAUGUCAGUUAUCUGCAUACGCAAUGUUUACCUAUUUAUUUUAGCAUAACGCAAAUAUCCAUGUCCAAAUUGAUGAAAACCUAUUGUCAAUACAAGCGUAAACAAUGUUGUAAAAGUAUAUGUAUUAGAAUGGCGGGGUCCUGAUCUGAUACUGAUAUUGGAUAUAGGUCCGAUAGCAGAAUUGUAUCGUCUUGCAUGUAACAUCUCCAAAACAAGCAGUCCAGAGGAGCGUUUACUUGUACAAAGCUGUGCAGUCAGCUAACAUCUAAAUGUGCUGCAAUAAUCUUUCAUUUACGAAAGGUGAACAUGGUAGGGUAUUAGGAGCGAGCGUUUACACAACAAUUUAGCACACAAGCUAGACAAAUUGAAUUAAUUCUCAAUUAUUUUCUGUUAACCCCCUGAAUAUAAAUAGUAUAAUUUGUCUAAAAAAAAAAAUUGUAAUAAGUGCAACUCUGCAAAACAUUGUAUCAUUAUUAACAUUAAAGAAAACAAAAUAAGAAAGACAUAUAGAUCAACUUACAACAAAGAAUCAUUUUAUUAACAUUGAUUUUUGGUCUGUAACAGAAAAUAUUUAAAGUGAAAUAAUUUGCCUGAGAUUAAAAGGUAAAUAAUCCUUAUUUAAACUAUAAACAUUUUCACUGACUUGGAUAAUUUGAUACUGAAAAAUAAAACUAAAUAAAAUAAAAAUAUAAUAAUGAAUUUUAAAAUUUAUCAGCAACAUCAACUCAGAAGCCCAAUAUAUAAAAGACUUUAAAGGGGAACUGCACUUGUUUUGGAAUUUUGCCUAUUGUUCACAAACAUGAGAGACAUGACGACAAAUGUUUUUUUUAAUGCACUUGUAGAUAAAAGUCCGCUUACAAUGGAGCUAAUAGGAGGUCCUCUAUUCCGCCCUUAAAACCCAAUAAAUAACCAUUCAAAAAACGCCAACAAUACUCCAUUUACAUUACGUGACUUGAAUAUUAACCAAGUAUUAGUGAUAUUGUUAUAAGCGCUGACGCAGACAAAGUGUAGCGGCGCCGUGAUCACAAGUUUGUGGGCCUAUAUUGCCGUCAUCGAGUGGUAAGAUGCUUCCUUGCUUGUGGAAGUUUAUUGUAAAUCAUAAAUCAUGCCUCUCACCUGGCUAGUAGAAUGAUGAGGACGUAUUACAAGUUGGUACACUCAUCCAUCCAUCCAUCCAUCUUCUUCCGCUUAUCCGAGGUCGGGUCGCGGGGGCAGCAGCUUAAGCAGGGAAGCCCAGACUUCCCUCUCCCCAGCCACUUUGUCCAGCUCCUCCCAGGGGAUCCCGAGGCGUUCCCAGGCCAGCCGGGAGAGAUAGUCU